GGAAAGAAAUAAAACAAAAAUUUCUCCCUCUUUUCCUAUUCCAGCGUAAUUUUUGGAAAAGAGGAAAAAUGUGGAAUCAACUAAGAAAGAUGAGCGUGUGACACAUCAUCAUCAUCAUCCACCCAUAGCCAGCUGGACAACCUCAUACCAAAAACGUUCCCCAGAGAAAAGACACGUCAGAUUCCCACUUUACCCUCCAAUCCUCUCCUUUAUUUCUACUUCUUACCUACUAAGUGGCGCCAAACCGUUCCUUUCAGAUUCUUUCAUCUCUUCUUUCGCACCGUAACCAUCAAUGGACCCCUUAACACUGAAACCUAACCUCCUAAAGAACAUCAUCGUACGCUGUCUUUCCUUCGGUGUCCUCAUCAUUGCCGUCCGUUUCGCUUUCUUAGUCGCCAUCAGGGGCCAAUUGUGCGUAGCCAGCGACGACUUCUGCCUCUUCAACGUACGCUACGUGUCUUCCGUCGCCGUCAAAUCUGAAAAAUAUAUCGAUUUUUACUCCUCCGUUUUCCAAGAUUUGAUCGCCGAGGGAUAUCUUUCUCCCAAUUCAAAAGCUCUCUGCAUUGAGACGGUGACGGGAGAAGAAGUUCACGCAUUGAAAAGAAUCGGCGUUUCAGAAUCCAUCGGGAUUUCCAAGAAAGCAUCACCGCCUUUGAUUUUACGUGGCCAAGCGUGGAAUCAGCCCUUCAAAGGGAACUCCUUCGACUUCGAGUUUUCAAGCGGUUUAGAAAGGUCGGGUUUUCCUGUGGAGUUCGGUUGGGAGAUUUGUCGGACGCUGAAACCGGGCGGGUUCUUGGUGGUUCACGUGACGGCUAAAGACGCCUAUAGUUUGCAAUCAUUUCUUGAUCUUUUCAAUUGCUUGAGAUUGAUCGAGUCUCUUGAAAGCUACGGCCCUGAUUCCUCCACGAAAAUCCAAGAGAUCGUGAUGAAGAAAGAGAGGCAAAAUUCACCUCUCAAUGGCAAUUCAGGUGAUAAAUGCUCCGCUCUGGAGUUAAAACGGGAAAUAAUCCGAAAUGCGGAGCCUUUGAUCAAACAAGAACCGUUGAAACCAUGGAUCACAUUGAAAAGAAACAUCAGAAACAUCAAAUACUUGACUUCAAUGGUGGACAUUAGUUUUAAACGGAAGUUUGUUUACGUUGAUGUCGGAGCAAGAAGCUAUGGAUCAAGUAUUGGGAGCUGGUUCAAGAAACAAUAUCCGAAACAAAAUAAAAACUUUGAAAUUUACGCUAUUGAGGCCGACAAGGCAUUUCAUGAAGAGUACAAGAUGAAGAAAAAUGUUAAGCUAUUGCCUUAUGCGGCGUGGAUUAGGAAUGAGACAUUGUUUUUUGAGAUAACCAGGGAUCCAAGAAAGAAAGAUGCAAUGCAGAAAGCCAGAGGAAUGGGGAGGAAACACCCGGUUCAAUCAUCGGUUACUUACGUGGAGGAUGUGGACAAGAUUCAGGGGUUUGAUUUAGCAGAGUGGUUGAAAAGUGUGGUGUCUGAGAGAGAUUUUGUGGUGAUGAAAAUGGAUGUAGAGGGCACUGAGUUUCAUUUGAUGCCAAGGUUGAUUGAGACAGGCGCAAUCUGUUUGAUUGAUGAGGUCUUUUUGGAGUGUCAUUACAAUAGAUGGCAGAGAUGUUGUCCAGGCCAGAGGAAUCCGAAGUAUCACAAUACAUACGCGCAAUGCUUGGACUUGUUUAAUUCUCUAAGAGCUAGAGGGGUUCUUGUGCACCAGUGGUGGUGACUGGUGAUCGAUAAUCAUUGAUUGUGUAAAUUGCUUUUUCUUUUUAAAGAUGUUGCUUAUACCAUUCCAUCUCUUAUCUGAAUGAGCGAUCCACUGAUUUUCUUUUUUUCCCUUUUCUGCUUCAUCCUAAAUGUAUCUUCAGAGAAUUUGUGUUGUUAGUAUACAGAUUGAUUCAUUCAAAAAUUUCCCCUUGGUCAUAAUUUUUUUUGUUUGCAGAAAAAAAAAAAACCCUUUAAAAUCAGAUUUUCUUUUAGUUCUUUUUGAUUCAAUACUUUCUUUUGAUGAGGUCUUUAUAAUCUCCUGGCUCAAUCAAAUUGAUUUAAAUGCAAAUGCAAGUAUUGUUGUUCACUUCUUUUGUAUAUCUUCUCCUAUACUUUUUUCAUACUUGUAAUGCAGCAGACAUUUACAAGAUUGCAGGUGGCCCUGGUUGGAAUUUAUACCAACUUUGUUUUGAGGUACUGUAUUAAUGUGGAUGAUUACAGCAAAUCAAAAGUGAGCUCUGCAUAAUCCACUGAAGCUUGCUAAAAUAUCGCAGUAUUUUGACGGAUGGUAUAAAAAAUUCAAUGUCCAUAUGAGUUCAAGCUUACCCGGAGACCAGGCAAGAAAAUGAUUGCAAACCAGGUGAGGAGCAUUUGAUUGCAAGUAGUCAAAAGUGGGCUUGUUUCCUAUGAGCAUACGGAGAUAAAGUACAAAUAAGAUUUCAUUUCUUAGCCCCUUCACCCUCCCUAUUAGAAAGAAAGAACACGAACAAGGGGUAGUUUACAUGGAAUUUGGGCAUCAUGUUUAAAAUGGAUAAGAUUUUGAAGCAGAUACUAAUGCCAACUGCAACAAUGUAAUCUGUAGUUUUAAAAUUUGAUUGGUUGAGUUCAAGUGGUUUUAGUAAUCGUGUCGAACAAAUGGAUGAAGAUAUAUGCCGUGUCAGCAACCAAUAUGGCAAUUAUGAUCAGUUUGAAUGUAACACUGGAUGUUGAAUCAGAGUAAAUAUCCUUAUUGACGAGAAGAACCCUUCAUUUUUUAGGGUGGCUGGGUCAUUCCUUGUGGGAGCAG